UCUCAGGAUAGGGUUGGUGGUCCGUCAUCGGCCAUCGCUCACAACAAAGAAUCGAAAUCACCGUGUAACCAGAGGAGGGAUACCGCGGAUAUUGAGUACCUGAAGACGUGCGCGGCCCGGAGGUUUGAGGAAAGACGUCACACCGAUUCACCCGGCGAAUCGGGUCGUUGGAUACCCUCCCCCAAGCAGGUCUCAAAGGCAAAGAGGCAUCCCUUUAUCGCCCAAGACUCGAUCGAAGAAGAAGACGGCGGAGACGAAGCCGGCGUAAUUCGGACAGAGACGGUGGUACGGAAGAACGAUCAAAGCCAAUCCGUCGGGCGGCAAUCGAGCCAAGAGGAGAAUACCGGUGGUCUGAGAAGCCCGAGAGGAAAAAAUUCGUCGUCCUUUGACGCCAGGGACCAGGAAUCGCAGAUCCCUGUCAAAAGUUCGGCAAAAAUUCCAGCCACCAGAAGUCACAGCGCAGGGGCGACCUGCUACCGCAGCAGGGACACCCGCGAUAAAAUAAAUCAGGCUACGAAAUAUACCAGAGAACGGAGACACACCGACACCGCCGUCGAUCCUCCGGGAUGGGAACCUCCGGCGGAAUGUACGAGCGGAGAGGACGUGUUCCAGCCCAGUGAACCGCCGGUCCCAAGGUAUUCCGGAACAUCGAGUUCUUUGUCUCUCGGCUCGACGCCGAUCGGAGUUCGACGCGUUGUCGGGGACCGCAGCGAGCCGAGGUCCCAGGAUUUCACGAGGGGAGGAACGUCGUCUUGGGAGUCGGCGAGGAGAUCCGGCGGCUUGAAUCAGCGACUGCGCGACCUCUACGAUUUCAAAGUAGACACGGAAUGGCCGCGGAAGGUCCGCAAUACAACGAGACGUAACGUAUGGAUCGGCAAGAGCAGCAGCGAAGAAAAUGACCGUCGUAAUUAUUUCGAUCAUAACGAACCCCUGACGGUAUGCCUAACGGAACGCGGGGGAAACGCGCCGUUUCACGAUAUGGAACGCCAGGGAUUUAAAAGUGGCCGGAGGGAAACCCUCGACGACGAGGAGCGCGAGGAGAGACUUAGAAUUUUUCACGAUAAAUUGCGUUUCAGCGAGGACCUUGGACAGCCGUACGACAGACGAGAGAGUAGGAUUCUGUCCACCGAUUUCGGCUCGAAAAGUUUGGAAGACAAAUCUGUGAAAAGAACCACUAGUAGUGACGGGUACGUGACGCCUUUGAAGGCCCAUUGGGGGUUCGGAGAUCCUAAGAGGCCCAGCAUAGCGUCCAGAGAUUCAAGGGCCAGCUACGCCGAGAUCGAUGAAAUGACGCGGAAGUCGAGAGUCAGCGACGCGAGCUACGUCAGCAUCGAUGUAUUUGAGAGAGGGGUGGAGGCUCCUGUUCCUCGAAGAGCGUUUAGCCAAGGAGAUGAUCCGAAGGCGUUGUCGUCGAAUCCGCAAACUCCACCGUCCACACCGUUGACGAAGGAACCUUUCUCAGGAGCGAAGAAUUUUGAAACGAAGCAAACGGAGCAUCCAAAACCGGAACGCCAAGGUUCUAAGUUCAAAAUUUAUCUCGUGUAGAACGACCGAGACGAAUCUAAGAUCUUAUGAAUGAUAUUAUCAGUGGAUAUCGUGGACUCGUAUGGGGCAUUCCUCGCCGAACGAGCAGCGUAGCGCUUUGUUGUGAGACGUCACCUUCGGGGCUGAGCAGAGGUGACGCCC